AUGGUUUCUAGCAACUCGCGAGGAGCAUCGCCUCCCGUGGAAGACUCUAGCGAGCAUACCACCGAUGACGUCGAAGACAUCGAUAAUCCAGGGCUCGACCUCUUGUCUCUUUCCCGUGCGGUCAAAGCAAGAAAGUCAGAAUAUACUCGCCGCCAGACUAUUCGGGUUAAAGUUGGCACAUGGAAUGUGGCCGCCAUCUCCGGCACCGAGAAAGAUAUCGGCAAGUGGUUUGUCCAGGGCCAAGGGGUGUGCGAGAAAUUUUCGGGCCUGAAGGGCGCGGAAUUUCAAAGAAAUAUUACAACGGAUGAUUGCAGAGGUCCCAGGGAGGAAGCCGAGGACGAAUCCCAGAAAGAUGGGAAGUCGGCCAAGCCAUUCCAAUACAGCCCCGAGGAGGUCGAUCUCUAUGUUCUGGGCUUGCAGGAGAUUGUCGAUGUUUCUUCUGCGACCGAGGCUCUGAGGCCCUUUACCGAUUCCGGACCGUCAAACCGAUGGAAAGAGGCUGUUCAAAAGGCACUGCCCUCGGGAUAUCAACUUGUUUCUGAAGUUCAGCUUCUCGGCCUUUUGCUCAUCAUCUAUGCGUCUCCAGUAAUUGCAGAAAGUGUAUCGUCGGUUAGCAGCAGUUCUGUCGGAACGGGGCUGAUGGGCUAUAUGGGCAAUAAAGGCGCCGUGGCGACUCGCCUGGUGCUGGGUGAGACUACACGCUUGGUUUUUGUGAACUCCCACCUCGCAGCUGGGUCAGAUAAGGGCAGCCUGGAGAGGCGCAACUGGGACGCAUCCCAGAUCGUGUCGCGUGCCAAGUUUGAGUCGGUUGACCCGGAUCGCAUACAGAAAGACCAAGCCGACAGUAUUGGCGAUGAAGACUUUACUUUCUGGUUCGGUGACCUGAACUACCGACUUGAUGAUAUCCCGGGCGAUGACGUGCGACAAUGCCUCGCUCGACACACAGUCAAUGCCUAUGAUACUGCGCGCCAGGAAAAGCAAAAGUCAAACAGUCGCGAGGGCUCCAAGUCAGAGCCUGAACAUGAACCUGAAGAGCAUUCACCAUCGCCCCUAGAAGGUGAACAAUACGUUGAGCCUGUGGGUGAUGAGGAAAUCGACCCCCACAACGAUCCUGCAUCCCUGCAAACAACCAUUUCGUCUCUCGUUGUGCACGAUCAACUGCGGACCCAGCAGAAGAAAGGAAUAUCCUUUCACCAAGGGUGGAACGAGGGCCAAAUCUCAUUUCUACCGACGUACAAAUAUGACGUCGGGAGCGUGGCAAUGUUCGACUCUAGUGAGAAGCAUCGCGGUCCCAGCUGGUGUGACCGAAUCCUCUACCGAACUCGACGGGACAUGCUCAACCAUGAGAAGCUCGUCCGGGAAGCGGAAGAGGCUCGAAAGCGAGACAAGGAAAUGCAGGCUCGUGGUUUGGACAAGGCCGUUGCAGACGACAAUGUCUUGUUUGAAUACGACCCCGAGGUGGACGGUGCGGAUGGUGGGGAUGGUUCAGACGGUGCGGAUGUUGAUUACUCUAUCUCCGAUGAAGAUGCAGCGGUACCCGCCUCAGCUACGUCGCAAGGCUCCUCUCAGGACCCAUCUGAAGACUCAAUUUGUCUGCACCAUUAUGUGUCUCAUCAAGGCAUUCUAUCUUCAGACCACAAACCUUUGGAUGCAAUAUUCACCUUGAGCAUCGAUGCCGUUAACCCCAGUCUCAAGGCUAAGGUGCACCAAGAGGUAGUCCGUGAAUUGGACAAGGCUGAGAACGAAGCCCGGCCCGGCCUCACCGUCGUGGUUGAUACCCAUGCCAACGAACAACGGUCAGAACGAGACCCGAAUGCCGUCGACUUUGGCACUAUUCUCUACGACGUGCCUGUUCGCAGAACCUUGACCAUUGCAAAUACCAGCAGCACCUCGGCAACCUUUUCAUUUGCCGAACGGCCUAGCCCCGAGGGCGAUUCCAAAAGCGAGACACCGUCUUGGCUUGACAUUCAAGUCAAUCAUGUCGGAGAAAGCCAUUCCAAAGAACAAGGAGCUGUUUCCAGCCAUACCUUGCACCCAGGAGAAGUUGCCAAUGUCGAUGUCACUAUUCACGUCCGCCGUAUCGAGGAUGUCCGCCUACUUAAUCUGAAGAAGAUCAAGCUGGAAGAGAUUCUCGUCCUCCAUGUGGACAGUGGCCGUGAUCACUUCAUCACCGUUUCGGGACACUGGCUACCAACGUGCUUUGGAUGCAGUGUUGAUGAGCUCACUCGCAUGCCAGAGGCUGGUGCUCGGAGCCUUGCAACGGAUGGAACGAGGCCCCUGUCACAAGGUGAUACCGAAGUGCGAUUGUCAGCCCCUCGCGAGCUAUUUCGAUUGACCGAGGCGAUUUCCGAGUUGGCAGAACGUGCCGUGGCAGAGUGGAGCAUGACCAAGGGCGAGUCUGGAGAAGAACCCCCCUGGGCAAAAGACCCAUCCGGAACCGCAUGGCCCUUCCAGCCAGACACCUGGGCUCUGAAUAAUCAACAUGACCGUGCUCCUCUUCUCGCAUCGGUCCGUGAAGCCCUGGACACCAACAAAUCACUAUCCUCUAUAUUCGCACCUGAGAUUCCGCCUCUGCACCGCCUCGAGAUCCUCUCCGAAACCCUCUUACACUUCCUGAACUCUCUAAGCGACGGCAUUGUCACCGCAUCCGUCUGGCAAGAAAUGGAGCAGCAGGUCAUUGCCCGCGAGAAAUCCAAAGCACCACCCCGAACAUGGGAAGAGACCCAGGCCUGGGUCCUCGAAAGCCUAGCCUACUCUCCCGCACACAGUGUCUCUUUCACCUUUGUGACCUUCAUGCUUGCCCGCAUCGCCAACGAAGUUGCCCCCGUCCCAUCCACAGCACAAUCAACCGCUCCAUCAAAACACCAAAGACAAACCUCCGACGCCGACUCCAAGUCCUCAGACCUGAAUACGUCAGAAUCACAACCCCCAACCCCGACACCUGCAUCCGCCGCAGCAUUCAUUUCCGCAGGCAGUUUCCGCCGCAAGAAUCGCUCGCUGACUUUAUCCGGUUCCGACUUGUUUGCUGCUAACUCUUCUCAACCCGCCGUGGCGCGUCGCCAAGCCGUCGAGUCUGCGUUCGCGUCCAUCUUUGCUCGCGUGCUUAUCUCGGCGACUGUACCUACCCCGGCGAAGGAUAAAGAGAGGCGAGCGUCCGAUGAGCGGAAGAAGGGUAUUAUCGAGCCGUUUUUGAAGAUGAUUGGUGUUGAUGAGCGGGGGCCGUCUGGUGGUCGUUAA